AUGAUUACCGCAUAUAGGGCAAUAGAGUUCUUUAUAGAAACUGAAUGGGAUUAUUGGGAUGAAGAACACGGUGAUGAAGUUCCAAUUGCGAACAUAUUCCAUCGAGAUAUUAUGACAUCUUGGGCAGUAGACCCUUUUACCAUCAUAUUGUUUCAGCUCUUUUCUAAACGAUUUGGCUUGUUGUUAGCGGCUGACACUCAAAUAUACUCACCUCCAAAUAGAAAGAAGAAGAACAUGUUAAAACUCGAAAUGACCGUUACGUAA